GGUUGCGUUUUUGGUUCACUGGUUGACUACCAGAGGCAACCCAAUAAUGUAAUGGGAAAGUUCUCAACCACAAAACUUAAAGAAAAGUUGUGAGCCCCAUGAUAUGGCAGUGUUUUUAAGUGAUAUGCAUGCUGUUUGAACUUUUGUUUUGGAGCCAAGCAUCACUGACCAAUGUUUUGCUGCCAGCUGCGCACAGAGAAGACGCAUUAUCAUGGGAAUCAUAGGUGGGACAUGUAGACCACUGAGACACUCACACAGAGCCUAAAUCUAUUAUUUUCCCGGACGGUCAGCGAAGCAUUCCGCUUGACUGAUAGCGAUGGCCUUGGAGGCAGACAGCGACAGAGGUUCAUCAAGAAGCGCUCAUGAAAAAUAUCCCCGGGCAGCGUUGGAGCGCAACGGCUACGUGAAGACAUGUGUCACCCCGUUGCACCAGGACGCAGGGAGCCAGUCGUGGCUGAGACUCGCCGUGACAUGGACUUGCCGAGGAGUGUCGUCUGCGGUCUGCGUUGCCUCCGUCUCCGUUAUUCUCGCUCUGCUGCUCAGAUUGGUCGACUGGGAUGCAGGCAGCAGCAGCAGCAGCAGCAGCAGCAACGGAAAUAGCAGCGGCUCCGGUUCUCGUCUUCAUUUCGCGGCGGGCUGCGCUGUGGAGCUGCUUUUGACCGCUUGUUACUGCGUCUCCCCCGUUUUUACACUCGUAUGUGCCUUCUUCUGGGUCGGACUGUAUCUGAUUCGCAGCAGGGUGCUCAUCCGCACCGCGGUUUUUUUGUUAGCAGUGUGCCACUUGGGCGAAGCCGCGGCGCAGUCCCUCCUGCGCGGCGCCGAGGAGCAGCUGCUGUCCCUCCCCGCAACCCUGGUAGUCCUCGGCUGCCUGGGCAGCGGGGCUCUGCUGGUCGUCCGGCUGCGUCAGGGAGUGUCCAUCCUCGUCUUCAUUAGCGUCAUCAGGGCCGUCUCCCUCGUCUCUCUGAGCAGAGUCCGGGCCAGCUGGAGACCCUACCUGGCCUACCUGCUGGGGCUGCUGGGGGUUUUGCUUGCGAGUUAUGCUGACCGGCUCCUGCCGGCCUCAGGGACCAGCGGGACGGGGUGCUGUGGCUCUGUGACCGGGGCGAAGGAGGAGGACAUCCCUGUCUUCAAAAGGAGACGGAGGUCCAGCUCCAUAGCGGCCUCGGAAAUGAUGGCUCACAGUCAGAGCAACAGCAAGUCCCACCGCAGGACUUCGCUGCCUUGCAUUCCGCGGGACCAGACUAUGUGCCAGCCAGAAUGGGACUACAAGAGAGCUCUGAGCAGAUCGCAGUCUUCGGGCACCAGCGUGGUAGUGGACAUCGCGGUGAUGGGUGAGGCACACGGUCUGAUCUCAGACCUGCUGGCAGACCCCUCGCUGCCCCCUAACACCUGCAGCUCUCUGAAGGCCGUCAGCAACCUCCUCAGCACCCAGAUCAGCCUCCAGCCGCUCCACCGGCCUCGUGUCCCUGCAGACACACACACCUACUCUGACUCCGAGGACGGGCCGGAAAAAGCGGAGAGACUGGCCAUUCCAAAGCGUCUAAGACGGAGUCUGCCCCCAGGAUUGCUUAGGAGAAUCUCAUCAACUUGGACCACAACCACGUCAGCUACGGGGCUGCCCACCAUCGAGCCAGGCCCUGUACGCCGAGACCGCUCAGCCAGCAUCAAACACACCACAGAAAGUGAGUCGUGGAACCAUUCAGUGAUGAUGACCAUCUCAAAGAGUCGCUCCAUGUCCUGUGCUGCCACCGUCACCUCCAACCACCUCUACAGCAAACCACUGGGAAGACCAGGUUUCCCCCCCUCCAACGUAUCACCUCUGGGCUCUCCGUGCCCAUCUCCUCCCAUCCAGGGCACGCCUGUCUCCAGCCCUACCAUCAAGACAUGUUCAGUGCAGCUUCCUGAGCCGGCUGGGCCCCUGACGGAGCGGACCCCUGGCUCUGUGGCUCCCAAGAGCCACCACAGAGCCUUAACUCACAGCCAGAGCGCCCCGAGCUCCACCACCCCUCACUGGCGGCCUCCUUCACUCUGCGGCAGCUGUGGCAGGCCAUUCAACAAUCGACUAAACCACGGGGUAGAAUCUGUCGACAAAAUGGACAGAAUACCCCAUCCAGAUGAGCGUGCUGUAAUUUCUUCAGACUAUGACAGCACCUACGACAGCACCUACGAGACCAACCACAGUGACAGCAGCGACUUUGCACAGAAUGAAGAGGAGGGAGAGGGAAACAAAAAGCCUGAAGCAAGGGAAGGUUGCAGGGAGUAUCUGGCGGAGGGCAUCGUUCUUCAACCACUCCUGCCAUCACCAGAGGACAAGCCAAUCUCGGCUGUGGAGCCUGUGAUGACAUCAGCGCUGGAGCCUCUGAUGAGUCAACUCAACAACUGGAACUUUCCCAUUUUCAGGCUAGUGGAGAAGACCGAUGGCAAGACAGGCUCCAUCCUCAGUCAGGUUUCCUAUAAGCUCUUUGAGGACACAGGUCUGUUUGAGACCUUUAGAAUUCCCGUACAAGAGUUCAUGAACUACUUCCAUGCUUUGGAGAACGGAUACAGGGUCAUCCCUUAUCACAACCGGAUCCAUGCCACUGAUGUGCUACAUGCUGUUUGGUUCCUCACCACUCAGCCUGUGCCAGGCCUGCCCACCCUGCUGACUGAGAAUGGGAUACACACUGACGCAGAGAAUGGCAUUACACCUGGUGCCACAGGCUUCCUGGUGUCUAAGAUGAACUCUGUGCUGGAGGACGGCUAUGGCUCCCUGGCUGGCCUUAUACCUGGCCUGGAGCUCAUGGCCCUGUAUGUAGCUGCUGCCAUGCACGACUAUGACCAUCCGGGAAGAACCAACGCCUUUCUAGUAGCUACCAGUGCACCACAGGCUCUUCUGUACAACGAUCGUUCAGUCUUGGAAAAUCACCAUGCAGCUGCAGCGUGGAACCUCUUCAUGUCUCGACCUGAGUUUAACUUCCUGGCUAAUCUUGAACAUGUGGAGUUCAAGCGCUUCCGCUUCCUGGUCAUUGAAGCCAUCCUGGCCACCGACCUCAAAAAGCACUUUGACUUUCUUGCAGAGUUUAAUGCAAAGGUGGGCGAUGAAGGGGUGGCUGGUAUUGAUUGGACCAACGAAAACGAUCGAUUGCUGGUGUGCCAGAUGUGCAUCAAGCUGGCUGAUGUCAAUGGACCGCUGAAGUGUAAGGAGCUGCACCUGCAGUGGACGGAGGGGAUCGUCAACGAGUUCUACGAACAAGGUGACGAGGAAGCAAGCCUGGGCCUUCCCAUCAGCCCAUUCAUGGACCGGUCUGCUCCACAGCUUGCUAAACUACAGGAGUCAUUCAUCACUCACAUAGUGGGGCCUCUGUGCUCCUCCUACGCCUCUGCUGCUCUUAUGCCAGGACACUGGGUUGACCCACCUGAGGGGGAGACGGAGUCAGAAGAGGCGAAGGAGGGACAAGACACAGAAGAGGAAGAGGAGGAUACUGCAGAUGAGGAAGCCUCAACAGGUUCUGACACCUCCCAGCGGCAACAAACCAAAAAGGUGAGCAGGAGGAAAGUGUUUUGCCAGAUCACGCAGCAUAUUCUGGAAAACCAUGAAAUGUGGAAAAGAGUAAUCGCUGCAGAAGUCCAGGAGGAGGCUCAGAAAGAGGACCCGAAGUGCAUCAGCAGCCCCACCGAUCCAAUCACAGCCAUUCACGAGGAAGAGGAGGAGCAAGCAAGCAAAGAGGAUGAUUCAACUGAUGGCCUUGAUGAAAGGGAAGAGGUGCCGGCUAUAGAGGAAGAAGAAAUCCUUUCGCAAUCAGAACCUUCAGGGGAAAAUGAGGAGGAGCCAGAGUGAUAUUAUGAGCUUUGACCUCCGCUUAAAACCAGGAUUCUGAACGUUGUCUAAACAUAUUUGUUUCUUUCCUAACUAAACUCUUGAUAUGGUAGCCAGCACAUCACUUUGACACAACACUGUAGAAGAUGUUUUGGGUAAUAUGUGCCUAACAAAAACUGGGUUUGAGGACAGGGAUGAUGCAUGCCCAGUUCAUCUGAGAGAGGUGAGAUGAGCAAAACAUGGCGUGACUGAGGAGUAGAAGAUGAAAAACAAAAAGAGAAUGAUUGGGACUUUACUUGUCUUUGCUGUAGUGUUUGUUUUAGUCUGAAUCUGCUGCCCUGCCCUCACCCAGACUGCCCAACCUGCACUACGGGCCAUACCACGCCAAUUCACAGAUUCACUCCACCAGUGAGUAAUACACUGUCACGAGCCCCGCUCCACCCUUCUUAGUGCUCCCAUGCUGGCUGAGGAUGUGCAACAAGCCCCCUCUCCUUGAAGACAAUGGGAUGAAAGCCAGGGAAAAAGCUGUGUCCUCUGAGGCUAGACGGGUGGAUUUCGGAGGGAGAUGGAAAGAAAGGGACAGUUGUAGUACAUUGUGUAUACAACCAUACAGCCACACUCUCUCUCACACACACACACACACACACACACACACGCAAACACACACACCCACAAUGCUACUGUAGAAACACAUUCCAUACUCAGAACAGAUAGGAAGUCAAACAAAGAGGUCCUGUUGCUCUAAAAGCUUUAUUCUCGCUCAAGGAAAAACAUACAAAACAAGGUUUUGUUCAUGUAAAACAAUGUUUGUCAGCAUGUUUUUUCCCUGUCUUUUGUUACUCAGUAAGUCCAGCACACCUACACGUUUCCAGGCCACACAACUCAGGAAGGCAGAAACCCGUAGAGAAAAAGAAUCAAAUAGGACUCGCAGUUUCCUUCUCUUUGCCACUGCUUUAAGAGUUUCUUUCUCUGCUGCUUGCGAUGCUAUUAUUUCACAGAUGUCCACAGAGACAUGCUGUUGCGGAUCACAAAGGUACCACAAGGAAAACAAGGUUAUUGACGAUGUUAUACUCUGUAUCACAAUUCUAUUUUAUUUAUUUUGUGCUCUCUCAGUGUCAGCCUCCCAUUGGUUCUUGUACAAUGCAGCUGCUCACACUGUUAAUCACAUCCAAACUAACUUACAAGACACAAGACUAACUGGUAAGGUAAUGUGCUUUGUUAAGGAAAUGUCAUUUGUGUCUAUGCCACUUCCCAACUUGUUUUCUUUACAGUAAUGUACUCACUAAUGACAAGAAUUCUUUCUUCUUUGCAGUAUCAUUUAUAGGCUGGUAUGUAGGCCAAAUGUUUCAGAAAGUGGAGUAAUCCAGUAAGCCAUAGUGGCUCGAGCCAGAGCUGACGUACAGCUCUCAAAUCACCCAAGAGGAUUUACUUCAAUGAGACAUAGAAAGAAAACCCUGUGGCUCCUAUUGCCAUCCAGGGGGUGCUGUGCACCCACAACAAAUUGUCUAAAAAUCUCAAUUAGAUUAAAUCAUUCAAUCAUUUUUGUUGUUGCACAAAGAGGCAAAGAAAGUUAUGAAGAAAAAAUGAUAUCAGCUAUUUCUGAGUAAUGGAACCCAUGGACUUUAAAAAAAGGAAAAGAAAAACGAAACAAAAAAACAGAAAAAGAGUCCCAGCUGCAGAAAUGUGUAAUGAUAAUUAAUAUAUAUAUGAUGUUAAUAAUUAAGUCCAGUCAAGACAAUUUCAGGAUUGGUUGCAAAGGCUGCUAGUGUUUUUUGCCGACUCUGAUUCUGCGUAUUGAUUCCAAAAUGGUUAACAACAACAGAAAAAAAAAGAGGUCAAAUCUUCAUAUACCAAAAAUAUCUUUAUUCUUUCAAAAUAUUCACAAAGUAAAUAAUAUUUACUAUUUGCUAGUCCAUUACAUGGUCUGUCAGUCAUACUGUUGUGACGUUAGCCAUGCAUGCUAGCUUGUAUCGCAUGUAGUCACAUAGACAGGUCCUGGCAGAUAGCUACAUCCUAGCAGAUAUGUAGCCAUUGUUUGCAAUAAUAUAGGUUUAUGGCAUUUAGGGACCUAUAAGAACCAAAAUUGUGUUCUUUCUAACAAAUACUCGCUACUUGGCAUUUUGGAUAUGAUUCCAAUUUGGAUAUGAUUUUUGGCUCCCAGCUGUAAAUGCGGCUGUCUCUAAUCUUCUGUGAUACUGUCAGGGUUUUUUUUAUUUUUUACCUGCACUAAGGAAAUCAAAAUAUUUUGUAUAUGUAGUCUAUCCUUAAUGAGAGCAAAUAAAAAAGAGAUCUAAGAAUGAGAGAUGAAAGAUGUGCUUUGACAAAAGCUGUCAUUGAAGAUGAUGUCUGCGUUCUGCAAUAGAUUGAAAGGAAGUUCCACUGAUAUCUGAUCUUAGGUCAGCAGACCUCUGGAUUUUUUCUCCAUUUAUUGUCCUUAAUAAUGACUUAGCAUGUGGCUGCACAGGUCGUGUCUGUGCUCCCCUUUGAUGUCCUCAGAGAUUCAGAUUGGUGAUGAAUUUGAAGGUGAUGUGAACAAGGAGAACAGCCUUAGUAAUGAGACUUAGUAAUGAAACAGGAAGGAGGAGAGGGAGAAGCCUGUUGGCUUGACUUGUAGCUGCUUAUGAAGGGUCAGGUGGGGCUCAGAUCUUUUUCACAUUUAAGUAGAUUCCUCUAGAUGUAACUCUUUGAAGAUGAGCCAGUUCGGUCGGAUUCAUCAUCAUUAUGUGGAUCAUCAAUCAUGUGAUGAUCCACAUAUCCAAAGUGUGCAAUACGGUAGAGUGUAUUUGAAGGGAAAGGCACUGGGAAAGGAACAGGCGAACAGAACCAGAGACUGAAGGCGGCUUUGUGUCCUCACUGAGGGUACCAAUCUGUAGCAAGUACUUUAUGUCAAAAUUGCAAAGUGAACAGUGACACAUUUUAAUACAAGUGAAGGACCUUCUUAGAUUUUGAUAGCACUUUUUUGAGAAGCUGCCUGAGACUUAAGGCAGGCUCAAGAGUAGAGGUGGACUUUGAUAGGUAAGUCAAAGUCGGCAGUGUGUAGUUAUAUCUGCAGCGGCACUAGUUGUCAGAGGCAUUUAAGCAGCAUUGAUAAGUAAUUUUGCUUCAGUUUUGUAGCAGGUAUGGGAAAUUUGUGGUUGCAGAAUUUCCUUCCUGAAUGAGUAGCUGAGGUGAACAAGGUGACACAAAAUGCCUACUUAGAUUCAGUCUCACGUGCUGGUGAGUUCUUGGGUGAGGGCCGAUCACAAGAGAAAAACAUUACCAGGAAAAGGAAACUAAGCAAUCUGUUUAACAGGUUUGUUUGCAGACACUGUCUACGUUUUUACUGGCUGAACUUGCCCUACUGUGACCCAAUUUCUUAACUCAAUUAGAGUUUUGCUAAUGUUAAUACUGUCUAAAUCCUCAGCUGUAUCCAUUGCACUGUUAUCAAAACGCCCAUUGUGCAGAGGAGAGCUAAACUGUGCAACGUAAUGCCCUUGAAUGCUUAUUCCAUGUACUUACAAAAGGAUGCAGUGGUUGAGCUUGUUUUUACUGCUAGGAAAAAGAAAGUCUGUGCUAACCAAAGCCUGAGCUUAUUGUUUGUGUUUCAGUUCUAGUUGAGAGGAGAGCUAAGGCAAGUUUAUUUGUAAAGCACCUUUCAACAAUAAGUGCUUUACACAAGACAUAAAAGGCAUUAAGGAAAUACAAGGCAAUAUAAAAAGACACAUUAAAAUAGGAUUUAAGAGUAAAAUAAAAUGGAAGAUGACAAUGAAAGCAGCAAACAGAAAAGUCUGAAGCUCUGAUUCAAAAUAACAAAGAGUUGGAGCAGUUUUCCGUAAGUUUGCUCCAGGUAUAUGAUGUUUAAAAAGUGAAUGCUGCUGAGACAUACGUUGUUUAAUUCUUGAUAUAUUCUUAAGGUGCUCAUAGGCUGCCCUAAAGUGGUUUUUAAAACUAAGGCCCAUGACUACGCCAAGAUAUCUGGUUUUGUUUGUGGUUUCAGAGAUUUUAAUGGAAACUAUUGCAGAUAUUUAAAUAGUUAACCUUUAUUUUGAAAAACUGUCUCUUUACAAACUGCAAAGGAAUUAAUUAAAAGCGAAACAACCCUCCCGCGCUGGUGAAAAUUAGAUCGGAAGCACUGGAUAAGUACGUAAUGAAAGAAGAUUAUGUUGCUCGGGACCAUAAAAAAGAAAAAGCAAAGAGAUCCCUGAAACAUUAUGUUUCUAAACCCCAGCUCAGACCAAACAUUUAUGACAGGACAAAACCAUUUUAGCAAUGUGACCUGGCCCAUCUCAGAUUGACUCAAGUUGGCUGACGGUGUUUCCUGUGACUCAGCUUCUCAAGUCGCCAGUGGCUGGUUUUGCACCUUAAGACCCGUCACCAGUUUUCAACCGCCAAUCAGCUUGUAGCAAGAUCAGCUGGUCAAGUCAGUUACAGAUUUUCAGGUGGUCAAAAUGGCAGAGUUUUAGACGGAGUAAGGAAAGGAUCACCUCAUCGAUUUAUUUGAGGAGCAGCCUGUUCUGUAUAACAUUGUUGAAUUUGACCUGUUUUUCUUGGGAACAAUGAAAAAAAUACAAGAUCUCCUGUUGCAGCACCAAUGGAUAGCUCCAAUUCUCGACCCUCUUGGUUUUUUAAUGUUCCUGCCAUUUCAUCACUACUAGAAAUGCAACAGUAGCAAGUGUCACUCUAUCACUAUCCUCAUUCAUAUUUUGAGACACUGCAAAUUACAUCCAACUACAACAAAAGCCUGAAAAGCCAGAAGUUAGAACGGAGGCACAGAAGGUCUUUGCUACCAAGACGAAUCACCAUCUCGUCACCAUCUUGGCUUUGAAGCUAUUUUUUGUAGUGGUAAACAGUGGAAUUACAAACUUCUGAGUCCGUCACGUGAUGCUGUAGGGCACAAAAAGACUUGUUUUCCACUCUUGCUGUAUGGCCCAAUGAUGCCAAAGAGUUGCUGAUCAUCCGGGUAAUUUUACACACAGCAGUUGAACAUUUUUAUGUUCUUCAUGUGCCACUGAGCAGCUUUUAUAGGAAUGAAUGGAGUCCCACCUCCAGCACUGUAUCCAGUUCUCCUUAUACAUCCAUGGUGUAAACUAGCAGGUGUCAGAGUGAUGUAGAUCAGCGCAUUGCAAGUUUCAACUUGUUUCAUUGCGAAUUUGUGGUCUGAACUGGGCUUUACCUGCCAACACAAAUGUUGGAUGCAGUGUGAUUUAUCCAAGUCCCCUCCUGGACCAAAUGUCUUCCAAUAGUCUCUCCUUGCGUUGGCUUGUCAUGAUAAGUCUACCAGUAGCAGCGAUCUAUAAACACCAGCUGAUACAUGACUGAUCUGCACGUCUGUGGGUCACUACAGCAUUGACUGGGGUCUUUUAGUUGAGCAUUUUCUAAGCUUUGUACAGCAACGUAGCUUUCAACCUUCAGCUAUUCUAAAAAUAAGCAAGACUGUAAAAAGCUCAGCAAGCCGCCUGUACACAACAGGCGUUUGAGCACACAUGAAUGAGCUUGAGCUCCAUGCACUGUAAAUACCCAACGCACCGUACAGUAUAUUGAUGCCUCACUUGCAAUCUAAUGUGCAUUGCAAUGGAUUUUCUCUCAAACACUUUUCUCACCUUUGUACCAUCCCAUACUCCAUCUCUGUGUUUGGAUUUGUAGCAUCUCAUACUCCCUUUUCUUUAUUUUCUCGAAUUGUAUGGGAUCCGAGAAUACAAAGCUCACUAGGGAUCCAGUUGGUCAAAAUAGAUGCUUCCCUCCUCUGAUUUCCCCUUCCAGCCUGCCUCACUAACUGUGUACACUACAGUGCAGCAAUCAAAGAGACUUAAUCAAAGCUGUGAUAGACUAUGGGGUCGCUAUUUUUGCCGUGAACAAUCCAAGCUGUGUGUAGCCAUUUAGGGGGUUUUGUGAGACAUAUUGUAAGGGGGCGGUCAGCUGGUUGUUUGCUUCAGUCUUUUAAGAAUAGGUUUCAGUUCUUUUUGCAGCAAAAUGAAAGGACCAUACCAGUGUUUCUGCAAGUUCUUUGCUUCUUGAAUUCAAACCAGGGUUUUCAUCCAUUUUUCUUAAGUAUAAAAAUAUAUUAGCACAGCCCAUCUCAGUGAUCAUUUGUCUGGAUUAAUUUGUGUCGUUUUGCAAUUUAAGUGAAGAUAAAUUUAAAAACUCUGCACUGCAUUACUUGAGAACGUUGGGGGGAUUUAAGUACUCAAACAAGUUUCAAGAGCGUGCUUAUAGAUUUUCAUGUUGUGAUAAAUGAAUAGCAACCAAUGCAUGCCUGGAACAGCCGAUGAAAUACAUCCAAACUUGUGAAACACGCAUUGUCACAAAGGUCACUUGUAUUGUUAAAUGUAAGUGGUUUAGUAAAUGGGCCUAAGACAUGUUGGACUGCUGGUAUGGAUCCAGUUUACAGUGACUUAACACCAGUUUGAAAGCAGUGGUUUCACCUCCGACCAGAUGCUGCAUCAGUGUCAUGGGAGAUGUUUUCUUUGUUGCACCUGUAACCACACCUAGUAGUGGUAAUAGUAAUGUCACUGUGUAAUGACACACCCCAGAAUACACUUGCUGGCCUGGCUUGACUUGGUUUGACUCAGCACGUCAGCUCAGCGCUGCAGAUUUACGUCUCCAUACAAUAGAGCUACCCGCUUGAAGGUAUCUUAUACUGAUGACACACUUGUGCUUGUGAACCAACAGAACGUUCUUCUGUCUGCCACGCUUGUGUUCCUGUGUUCAACAACUUUCUUGUACUGUUGUCAGAGUUUUUGAAUUUUCCCUCUGCACUGCAUGAACGUACGCCGGAUGCCCAUCUCCUGCCUGCUAAAAUCCUGACAAAAUCCAUCUGUCAUCACCGCAACUAGCUUUAAGGUGGUCAGGCGUGCUUUGGCUCAACAAGAUGGUCCAUCUUGCGCAUCACUCGCCACAAAUAAGCACGUUUUAACUGGUAAUGAAAACACAAAUCAACGGAGCUUGAUCUGACUUGGCAUGUCCAAAAGUGCCGAUAGGAAAGCCCUACUGUUCUGUACAUCCGUUGCCAGAUAUCAGACAGAAUUGUGAGCUUGUUAAAUUCCAUUUCCGUCCUCAGUCUGAUAUUAUGUCCACUCUGACUGAUUUUCGUAAAGGAGGUUGAUAUGAUUUUCCCCAGCUGAUCACUAGAGACCCACAUAUCCGUCUGAAUCUUACGUCAUUUUGGCAUAGCCAUGCCUAAAUACCUGUUUUGCUGGGGUUUUAGAAGCGCAGUAAAACUAACUCCAAUGUCGGUCGAUAUUGUAAAGACAAACAGCCUCCAUAGCAGCGUCUAUCUUGUCUCUAGCGCUUUUCAUUGUUGGUAUAACUCCUUAUUGGUCUUGGCACACUGCUCGACAAAAGCCUGACAACAUUAGUCCCACCCGUGGUCCUGAUUGGCUAAUCAAGUCCCACCGUGGUGCUCAUUGGUAGUUUUUUAUUUUAACCGAGAAACCGCUGUGUCAGAGGAAUAAGUCAACUCGAACUCGGUGAAGUGCGCGGGUUUAAAGGUCUGGACCCAGGCAAGUACAUCCCUGUAGCAAGGUGAAAAGUUAAAUCACUGGAGGUCAGCAAAAACAAGAUUUUCAGAGGGUGUUUAAGUUGCUCUCAAAGUUCAUUAGAUUCCCCUUCUUUUGGUCCCUGGUAAUAUAAUAACUACCUGCUGGCUCUAUGAAUUCUGUAUUUUCAUCCUAGGUAAAGAUUCUUGGUCACAAAAGCAUGAAAGCUCAUGUCAUCUGUUUUGUUUUGGUCUGAGUCUUCUUGGCAACAUGGCCCAGUGGUUUGUAGCAGGCAAUUGCAUUCAUAAAUUUCACCACUAAAGCAACAAAAGUACAGGGUCUUCAGCUUCAUUAUGUCCAUUUGUCAAAGCCAGUAACAGUGGUUUCUUUUAAGUGACGAUGAGAGGAAGGGGGUUGCUGCACACUGGAUUAACUUGUGCAAACCAAAGACACUUUUUGAACUCUGUGUUUUUUUGUGAUUUGCACAAAAUGAGCCCUUAAAGGAGCAUGUUUCUUGCAUCUUCUUAUUUGUCAGUGUUAUCCAGAACCUGGACGAGGAUGUCUGGAUAUGCUUAUCCUUUGUAACACUUCUCAUGUGAGGACAGGACAGGUUAAAGCAACAUAAGAACCAUCUUAGCAUUGAUAUAACAGACCGGAGCUCACGGCGUUGUCCACACGUCUUUGCUGUCUGUUAUUACUUCACUGCCGUGUCAAUAGGCAGCAGUAGCACUACAGUGGACCUGAGCGACCGUUCUGUUCUCAGACUGAAGCCCUUGUAGUUUCUUUUGAUGGUCUGAACCAAAAACAUUCCUUUUUGUAUUGUUUGUUGUUUCAGCCAUUUUAAAAGGGGGCUCUGCUCCUGUGCCAUACCAUUUUCACAUGUAUGUACAUUGUUUGAAUGCUACAUUUAUCAGCUUUCCUUGUUUGUCACAAAGGAAACCAAAACAAACUUUCUUUUUUUCCACCACCUUUAAAGCAAGACAAACAAGACUGGUAUGUUUUUAUUUUCUGUAGCAGGCACUUCACAGACUCAAUUAUUUUCUUCUCUCCAGUAUCUUGCACUUAACACAUGUAGCAAUACCUACAGGAUGGGGAAAUUGUGUGAUUCACCAGUAUUUGUUUAAGUGAAAUAUGACAUUUUAUUUCUAGAUAUUGUUUGACUUUGUAUAAAAAAAAAUAUAUACUGUACAGAUUAAAAAGUAUAUUAUAACAAAAAACUUUUAGAAAAAAUAUUUAUUUUUACUGUUUUGUAAUUUAGACACAAUACUGUAGCUCCUCUAUUGCCAGACUUACUGGAAGUGCCUCUCGAUAAUGUAUUACAAAGUAACUAUACAAUAUAUUGGGAUUAUUAGAACCUGUCACUAGCAGAGCAGUGUUGAUGUUGUAAUGUGAAUAUUG